CGCGCCGUUUCUGCAGCUGGACCCCCCCUCUCGCUCUCUCCUCCCUCUCCUCCUCCGAAUCAGACCAAAAGAACCGCCAAGCCGCCAUUGGGACCGACUUGUCCUCGCGUGGGGAGGUUUUGUCCACGAUGAGAGACUACACGUCCACCCCGAACCAUGGAGACUCGUGUAUGGCCUGCUGCCAAGUGUGUGUCUUCUUCUUCACUGCAGUCCUCAUUGUCGCAGAGAGGACGGCGCUGAUCUACUGCUUUGUGUACUAUCUGUGGGUGGGUCAUAACUACUGUUAUGCCCAUCUCGCUGGCUUCACUGCACUCUUUCUGCUGCCAGGAUGGGGUCCCCAGUGGCUCAGCUACUUGUGGUAUCUUUCCGAUGGACGAAUACGCAGAAAGUCUCUCACCUGGACCCACAUACUGCACCUAGGUAUCUUCAAAAGGUUGUGGGAGUGCAUGCGCCUACCAGACAUGGACGCCUACGGAGAAAUCAUGCAACAGGCCGACGUGUCUGCCUUACGCAUGUUGGAGGCCUUGGUGGUCACUUUACCUGAGACUCUGCUGCACACCUAUGUCCUCAUCUGCACUGACAUUGGGGUCAAAUCUCCAGCGUCAGUGUGUUUUGCCGUGUGUUUGUUAUCUCUGGCCUGGGCGUUGGUCCUCUACGCUCGAGCAUGUUACCUCAUCAGACCAGGUCAUCUACAAAUGACCCCUGCCGGCAUCCUCUGCCGACUGCUUUGGAGGGUCUGUAUGUUAGGCUCUCGAUUUGGCGUCCUCAUGCUUUUCACACGGGUCUUCAAACAGUGGGUCCUUGGCGUGAUAGGCGUGCACUGGUUGGGGGCAACGUUUUGGAUGGUGUCUCAGCAGACAGACAUCAUCCGUUCAACCAGUCGAUGGAGAGUCUUCAAUCUGAUUCUCGGUGCCAUUCACAUCUUCUUCUUCCUCAAUGUGAAGUACGGUCAAUCCCGCUACCGCAUGGCAGGGUUCUACCUGGUCAUGUUUUUGGAGAACAUCUUCCUCCUGCUGGCGUCCUCCUGGUUGUUCAGCAUGGUGUCUUGGGAUACCGUUGGCAUUCCUCUCGCAGUCUUCUGCAGCUUUCUUAUCGGUGUGAUUACGGUGGUGCUCUACUAUCGCUUUCUCCACCCAAAAUCCUUUGAGAUCUUCCAGAGUAUUCGUCGCAGAGGGCUCAGCGGAGCGUGCACGGAGCGGGGAUCUGUGCUCUCGCUGGACGAAAAAGUCACGCCUACUUUUCACCGCCAUGCAACACUCUCCGGGGGGGGCACCCUCAUGGACCUUCCUCAUCAGUGGGAGGGCUGGAGGCAUCAUCACUGGUUGCUGAUUCGUUUGGCUCUAAAGACGGGGGACAUAACUAAUAUCUGGUCCGCCUAUGGAGAAGGUGGUCUUGCUGGACUCAUGGGUUUGUCUGAAGAACUUCACUAUGGCAAUGAGCAUCGACGCUUUCCUCAGGCUCCUCGUGUUGUACCGCACGUUCUUCAGAUAUCACAGCCAGCUCCUCAGCCACCCCCACCACGGGUGACCCCAGCUCCACAGCAGGAAGAGGUGGUCCCACCACCCAAGCCAGCUCUCACCAAUGUCAUCGCCAGACCUGUGAGAAAAGCUCCUCCCACAACAAUCCAGGAUAUUAGACUGGUUCCGGAGAUCAUCCCAGUGCAUGAGGCCAUUUUGGAAGACUCCAUAGAGGAAUUCAGUGCUCCAUUAUCAGACGAAAAAGGCGAUGAAGAGUUUCAGAGUGCGGUGUACGGCUCUCCCACGCUGUCAUCGCCUUACCAACCGGGAAGCUUGCGCCACAUCGACAGUAAUGCUGUCUCCCUUACGGAGAAGUCAUCCUCUGCGGCUUCCUUGGAUAUCAAGACUCCCGUCUGGUCACCUGAACGUCGGUCCCCUCUACUUCUCAGCUCCCCUGAGAAGAAAGGGACCAUCUCCUUGGAUCCCAACACUACCUUGUAUUUCAGUGCAGAUGCACCCUCUCCCUCUACAGGGAGCUAUCUGGGCUGGGGCUCCGAGCUGUCGCCCAUCUCCACCUACAGAAGCCCCUACCGGAUUAGGGAGGCUCGUUUUGUCACAUCCACCCCACGCCCGGAGAGUCCAGGUCUGGCUCCGGUUGUUGUCAUCCCUGCAACUCCAGGUACAACUCCACGCGUCACCCCUAGUGGAACCCCUGGUUCUAUGAGCCCUGCGGCCUCUACGCCCACCAUGUCCACUCCUGGCGGUGCAACACCUGGUGGUGCCAGUACACCGGGUGACCCGAUAGUUCCACUUACUCCAGUCAUCGCCCACGCCCGCAAACAGAUAGUCCAGUUUGUGGACAGCAGAGAAAGGGCCGUGUAAAAAGCAUGGAGGCUGUUCCUUUUACUUUGUAGGCAGAGUUACUGUAAGACGCACUCACCUGCAACAACAUUAGGUACACAUCCCAAAAUUAUCACGAAUUCUGGUAUUUUGGAAUUUUCAAUAUUUUGGACAGAGUCUUCAGUCUACAGAGCAUUAUUAGUAUGGUGUACCUAAUGAUGUGUCCAGUGAGUGUAUUGUCACAUCAAAUAUGAAGUACUUUUUUCCCUGAUUACAAAUACUCACAAAGAGUUUUUUUGGGUGGUAGUGGUGAACAAUUACUAACAUUCCCCGCUGGAUUUAUGUUUAAACCUAACCCAACACAACAUUAGAACCAAAGUGAUUAACUAUAUACUUUUUCAAACGGGUUAGCUUGUAUAAAAAAACACACACACAUUAUUAUGAUGUUAUUCUAAAGAUGAAUUUUUCUAAAUAAUGUAUGAAAUCAGUUUACAUUAAAUGCUAGGGUCCAUAAUUUAUCCCUAUCUCUUUUCUAAGACACUUGUAUAUUCUUAUUUAUACACAACAAUAGCAGUUAAAAGUUGGUCACACAUAGAAAAAACAUAGAUGACUAAAGAGCAAGUGUUUUAAAUUGUAUCUCUUAAUCAUUACUUUUUGAUUGUGAGUUUUUAUUGUGUACAUCAGUGGUCCCCAACCUUUUUGUAUCCGCGGACCGGUCAACGCUUAAUAAUUUGUCCCGCGGC